CCCGCCCCUCUCCGGCCAUGCCGCGCGCGCCCCGGUGCCGCGCCGUGCGCGCUCUGCUGCGGAGCCGUUACCGGGAGGUGCUGCCCCUGGCCUCCUUCCUGCGGCGCCUGGGGCCCCAGGGCCGGCGGCUGGUGCGGCGCGGGGACCCGGCGGCCUUCCGCGCGCUGGUGGCCCAGUGCCUGGUGUGCGUGCCCUGGGGCGCGCGGCCACCCCCCGUCGCCCCGUCCUUCCGCCAGGUGUCCUGCCUGAAGGAGCUGGUGGCCCGGGUGGUGCAGAGGCUGUGCGAGCGCGGCGCCAGGAACGUGCUGGCUUUCGGCUUCGCCCUGCUGGACGGGGCCCGCGGCGGGCCGCCCCUGGCCUUCACCACCAGCGUGCGCAGCUACCUGCCCAACACCGUGACGGAGACUCUGCGCGGCAGCGGCGCGUGGGGGCUGCUGCUGCGCCGCGUGGGCGACGAUGUGCUCGCGCACCUGCUCACGUGCUGCGCGCUCUACGUGCUGGUGGCCCCGAGCUGCGCCUACCAGGUGUGUGGGCCUCCGCUCUACGACCUCUGCGUCCCCGCCGCCGUGGCUCGGCCCCUCGGGUCCCCCGGCCACAGUCCUGGGACCUGGAAGGACCUCAGACCCACGCGCCAGGCCUGGAAGUCUGGCGCAAGGCGGCGGCAGGGCAAAUCCGGGAGCAGUCCGCCUCUAGCCAAGAGGCCCAGGCGCAGCGUGACCCCGGAGCCGGAGCAGGGGACCCACAGGCCGUCUAACCAGGCCCACCGGGGUGACAGCAAACCCCACGCAGUGACACCUGCCAGGGUCGCUGCAGAAGCCGCCUCUUGGGAGGGAGGGCCCCUUGGGACUCGUCUCAGCUCCACCACGGCACAGCCAUCUCAGGGACCCCAGGGAGUACCCCAUCAGCCAGCGCACCCCGAAACCAAGCACUUCCUCUACUGCUCGGGAGGCAGGGAGCGGCUGCGCCCCUCCUUCCUGCUCAGCGCCCUGCCGCCUAGCCUGACUGGGGCCCGGAAACUCGUGGAGACCGUCUUUCUGGGCUCCGGGCCCCAGAGAGCAGGGGCUUCCCACAGGACGCGCCGCCUUCCCGCGCGCUACUGGCGGAUGAGGCCUCUGUUCCAGGAGCUGCUUGGGAACCACGCGCGGUGCCCAUACCGCGCGCUCCUCAGGACGCACUGCCCGCUUCGGACGCAGGCCCCUGGAGAGGCGUCUAGCAAGCAGGCACACGGAGGUGUGGGCGUCUGCCCUUUGGAGAGGCCAGUGGCAGCUCCCGAGGAGAACACGGACCCUCGGCGCCUGGUCCGGCUUCUGCGGCAGCACAGCAGCCCCUGGCAGGUGUACACUUUCCUGCGGGCCUGCCUGUGCCGGCUGGUGCCCCCCGCGCUCUGGGGCUCCAGGCACAACCAGCGCCGCUUCUUGAGGAACGUAAAGAAGUUCAUCUCUCUGGGGAAGCACGCCAAGCUCUCGCCGCAGGAGCUGACGUGGAAGAUGAAAGUGCAGGACUGCGCCUGGCUGCGGGGGAGCCCAGGGGCUUGCAGUGUGCCGGCCGCCGAGCACCGCCGCAGAGAAGGGGUCCUGGCCAGGCUCCUGUGCUGGUUGAUGGGCACCUACGUGGUUGAGCUGCUCAGGUCAUUUUUCUACGUCACGGAAACCACGUUUCAGAAGAACCGGCUCUUCUUCUACCGGAAGAGCGUCUGGAGCCCGUUACAGACCCUGGGAGUCAGGCAGCACUGCACCAGCGUGCGCCUCCGAGAGCUGUCCGCCGCAGAGGUGCGAAGACAGCGCGAAGCCAGGGCGACUCUCCUGACGUCCAGACUCCGCUUCCUCCCCAAGCCCGGUGGGCUGCGGCCGAUCGUGAACAUGGACUAUGUGGCGGGAGCCAGAGCCUUGUGCCGAGACAAGAAGAUCCAGCAUCUCACCUCGCAAGUGAAGACGCUGUUCAGCGUGCUGAACUACGAGCGGGCCCGGCGCCCCAGACUCCUGGGGGCCUCCGUGCUGGGCAUGGACGACAUCCACAGGGCCUGGCACGACUUUGUGCUGCGCGUGCGGGCCCAGGACCCAGCGCCCCACCUGUACUUCGUCAAGGUGGACGUGACGGGGGCGUACGACGCCCUCCCCCAGGACAGGCUGGCCGAGGUCGUCGCCAACGUGCUCAGGCCUCAUGAAAACACCUACUGCUUGCGUCGCUACGCCGUGGUCCGGAGAACCGCCCAGGGGCACGUCCGCAGGUCCUUCAAGAGACAUGUGUCCACCUUCACAGACCUCCCGCCGUACAUGAGACAGUUUGUGGAGCGUCUGCAGGAGACGACCUCGCUCAGGGACUCCGUGGUCAUCGAGCAGAGCUACUCUCUGAACGAAGCCAGCAGCGGCCUUUUCCAGCUUUUCCUGAGCUUGGUGUACAACCACGUCAUAAGGAUCGGGGGCAAGUCGUACAUCCAGUGUCAGGGGAUCCCACAGGGCUCCGUCCUGUCCACCCUGCUGUGCAGCCUGUGUUACGGGGACAUGGAGCGCAGGCUGUUUCCUGGCAUCCAGCAGGACGGCCUGCUCCUGCGUCUGGUGGACGACUUCCUGCUCGUCACGCCCCACCUGAAGCGAGCGCAGGCCUUCCUCCGGACCCUGGUCAGGGGCGUUCCCGAGUAUGGCUGCUCGGCCAACUUGCAGAAGACGGCCGUGAACUUCCCCGUGGAGGACAUGGCCCUGGGCAGCACGGCGCCCCUCCAGCUGCCGGCCCACUGCCUGUUCCCCUGGUGUGGCUUGCUGCUGGACACCCAGACCCUGGAGGUGUCCUGUGACUACUCCAGCUACGCCUGCACGUCCAUCCGCUCGAGCCUGACCUUCAGCCAGGGCACCCGGCCCGGGAGGAGCCUGCGGCACAAGCUGUUGGCGCUCCUGCGGCUCAAGUGCUGCGCCCUGUUCCUGGACCUGCAGGUGAACAGCGUCCGCACGGUUUAUGCAAACGUGUACAAGAUAUUCCUGCUGCAGGCCUACAGGUUCCACGCGUGUGUGCUCCAGUUUCCGUUUGACCAGCCGGUGAGGAAGAACCCCGCCUUCUUCCUCCGCAUCAUCUCGGACACCGCGUCACGCUGCUACUCCCUCCUGAAAGCCAGGAACACAGGGAUGUCCCUGGGGGCCAAGGGCGCCUCCGGCCUGUUUCCCUCCGAGGCUGCGCGGUGGCUCUGCCUCCAGGCCUUCUGGCUCAAGCUCGCUCGUCACAGUGGUACCUACCGGUGUCUCUUGGGGGCACUCCGGGCAGCCCAAGGGCACUUGUGCCGACAGCUCCCGAGGGCGACACUGGCCGCCUUGGAGGCAGCGGCUGACCCUAGCCUGACUGCAGACUUCAAGACCAUCUUGGACUGACCACCUGUCCACACAGCCCAGAGUGACCUCCAAGACCCCCAAGCCCGGGCCUUGGGACUUCACGCGGUGGGAGCUGCCGGCUCACCUUCAGGUCUGGACCUUUUCUCCCCUGAGUCCCUGACACUUGAGCUGCUGGCCGGCGCCCCCUGUAGAGGUCUGCCCCCACGUCCUUGGGGAGGAGAGCCUACCCAGCACCCUCUCCCCAUCCAGGUGGUUUCCUUGUGCUCUUCGGGCACAGACCACCAGGAGAGGGCAGGCGGGAGCGCUGGGCUGGCAAGCCGAGCCUGUCUGGACCUUUGUCACCCUGCCCUGCCCCUGGCUGGGGACUCCCCCAGUCUGCACACAUGUCCCUGAGGGCGCCUGGUGGUGGGUGUGGUUCCUUACCGCUGCCUGUCCAGCACCCAGGCCCGUACGGUCUGUGCCCCGAGCCGUCCCCGCACGGCGUCCAAAGUCUGUGCCUGCUCAGCUUUGCCCAGAAGCCAAGGGCCCAGUCAGCUGUUCUGGGCUGGACCCACCCGCCCAUCCUUGUGACCUUGCCCUGCCCCCCACGGCCUCCUGGAGCCUGAGUGUCUGGCCCGCUGCGCCGCCACCACCCCCACUUCCGACUCCUCCCCUCCAGCUCUUGCUCCACACACGGUGGCCCUGUGUCAUCUUGGUGGUGCUCCUCUGUGUGGCCACCUCCCCCUGGACCUGCCGCUCCCGGUUACUCCUGGGAGCCAUGGAAAGAACACGCCAAGGCUUUGCUCUUA